AUGCGUCGAUCGCAGAGAAAAAAGGAUAAAGAAGAAGAAUCAGACGACGACGGUAUUCAUAGUGAUAGUGAUGACGAUGUGAGAUCAAAAGUGAAGAGAAGCAGUGCAAGAAGUCCUUCGACGGGAAUAAAAUCCCCAGGGAGAGCGACGAGAGAGAACUCCUGGAACCGGGAAAUGCUAACGCAAGCGCUGAACGAGAGCAAGAAAGAAGUUGUGGCGUUUAACGUUCGCGUGCCGAUGUGUUUGGCGUUGACUUUGAAACACACGAAUACGACGAGGAAACUGAUUCUCUCCCUAACGGCCAUGAUUUUGUCCGCGUACAUAGAAUACAUAGAAGUGAGCGAACGAGAAUUGCACGUGGCCUAUCUCUCUUCUCCAUUUUUGGUGUUCCUCGCUUUUGAGUUUACGGUUCUAUCGACCGCAUUCGUGCUGCUCUUGCCGACGACGUUAACAGAAGCAGACAUGGAACAACAGAAAACAAUUUUAGAUUCUAGAGUCAUCUCUCGAUUGAAACUGCCCGGGUUUGCGGCGAGGUGGGCGGCUGGCGUUCGCGUAGCUUUAGUGCAGUUAACUCGCGCGUUGAUACAAGACACGGCGGUGUUUCUGGCGUUAUUUUUACUCUUCACGGGAGUCUUCGUGGGAUCAGAGCACGUCAAGUUAGACGCGUAUUCGAGCAUAGAAGAGAUGGACGAUGGAAGUGGGAUAUCGGUGACGAACAUAGAGAGAGAACGAUAG